AUCUCAUCUCAAAUGAUAUUUGCAUUUGCAUUCUUUCAUAUGCAAAAUCACAAAUUCACCAAAAUGGCUCUUCUUUUCCUCACUUUCCUAUGUCUCAUUACUUCCUCAAGGGCUGCUAUAUUAAACAGGAUCGGUAUAAACUACGGAAGGCUAGGAAACAACCUUCCAUCACCUGCGAAAUCAAUCGAACUUUUACAAAGCAUGAACGCAGGUAGAGUCAAACUGUACGACGCUGACCAUGAAAUCCUCCAUCUUUUAUCGGGGAAGAACAUCGAGGUGGCAAUCACAGUCGCUAACGACGAAAUCUCCGCCAUUGCUUCAAAUCAACAUUUAGCAGAUCAAUGGGUAUACGAACACGUCUUAGCUCACUACCCUAGUACCAAAAUCCGAUUCGUGUUAGUAGGAAACGAAGUCCUAAGCUCCACAAACACAGUUCAAGAUAUGCAAAUCGCAAAAGAUCUUGUCCCCGCAAUGAGACGUAUCAAGAACACGAUAAAAUCACAAGGGAUUCGGAACAUCAAAGUCGGAACUCCACUUGCAAUGGACAUGAUGGGAACGACGUUUCCGCCUUCAAACGGGAGUUUCAAACCGGAGAUGCGGGAAUUGAUGAUUCCACUGUUGAAGUACUUAAACGGGACAAGAUCUUUCUUCUUUGUGGAUGUUUAUCCGUAUUUCGCGUGGGCGGAAAGUCGCGCGAAUAAUCAAACGGGGAUUGAUCUUGGGUUUGCUUUGUUGAGAAGUGGGAAUAUGACGUAUACGGAUCCACAAAGCGGAUUGGUGUACACGGAUUUACUCGAUCAAAUGCUUGAUUCGGUUGUUUAUGCGAUGGCGAAAUUGGGAUAUGAUGAUGUGAUGCUUGCAAUUGCGGAAACUGGGUGGCCACAUGAAGGUGAUUCAGAUGAGUUUGGAGCGAAUAAAGAGAAUGCAGCUGAGUAUAACAACAAUUUGAUAAGGAAAAUGUCUGCAACUCCAAGUAAUGGAACUCCAGCUAGACCAGGGGCUGUUAUUCCAACUUUUAUAUUUUCGAUGUAUGAUGAGAAUCAGAAAUAUGGACCUGCAACUGAAAGACACUGGGGGUUGAUGAAUCCAGAUGGGAGUGCUGUUUAUGCAGUGAACAUAACUGGGAAGGUUAAUCCAUCUGAUUAGUUAUCAUCACUUAUCAGAUUCGGAGAUAUCAGAGAUUUGAAUCUCAAUAAUUCUUAGUAAAUAAUGAGAUUUUAUGUUUGGAAUUUGUUUUAAACCGAGUGAUUUCGGGAUUAUUGGAAGUAAUUAAUAGAAAUGUUUUUGGUUUAACAGUUUUUGUGUGAAUGCUCGAUGGUUGAAGAUUGAUAAGAAGAAUAUGAGUAUGAGUUGGGAAUUUGGGGCGAAAAAACCGUAAAACUCGAACUAAAUCGAUAAUUUAAUUUCAAAGUUCAUAAGUAACAAGAUCUAUAUAGGAAAUGAUAGAUGAAGAGUGUAUGAAGAUGUUAACAUUGAUCUUGAUGAAUGAAAAUGAC